AAAGGCUUAUCUGUGGUUACGCCUGUAUUAAGAGGGUUUUAGCUAUAGCUUCAUAUUUGCUUUGUGGACAUGAGAUGAAAAAUGUAUUUAAAGGUACGGUGGGACAUCAUUUUUAUACUGUUUUGCUUAAAAUCCUCUUCACUCAAUCAAACUGCCAUCUGCCCCCCAUGUGCUUACCCAUCUUAUAAACGUGUAAUUGUAGAGCUAAAGGUCGCCUGUUGUGUAAUUUGCUCUCGGUCCUGGCUGCAGACACAGAUGCACUCAGACUCUGCUAAACACACAACACCACUUUAAACAAAGGUGUCCAAUAAUAAUCCAGCCUGCCCACCUUCCAGUGUCCAUAAAGUUCCCCAUAAACCAAUUUAUAACGUAUCAUACGUCCCCCCUCUGCAGGUGUUCACAGCAGAAUUCCUCUUCAUUUGUCCUGUAGUUGUUGUCGUCGAUUGUUAAAUGAUGUUUCCGCGGUUGUGUUUAGCUCUGCUUGCUCUCUCGUCUCUGGCUGCUGCGUCCGAUCCAGGCUGCGAGGAGCUCGUCAAACCUUUGGAAGACAGAAGCAAGAUCUCUGGCAAAUGGAUUUUCCACGUUGGUGGAGCAGACACCGAGGAAUAUUUGAAGAAUCUAAAAUAUUUCCACAGCUCCUGGAUCGAUAUCCCAACCGUGCUUAGCGAUAAUAUGACCAUACGCUUCGCAGACAGACACGAGGAGAAAUGCCUUUAUGGACAUGCUAAUUUCUCUAAUGAGGGAAACAACACCAAACUGACAUUUCACUUCAACUCCACCUCACACGACCACGUUGGGAUGCUCCUGGUGUCCUGUGCCGACUGCCUGCUGUGGAUUGAGAACACAGAGUCAAAGAAGAAUGGGGAGAUUAAUAUGGGCAGACAGUUCUACCUGUUCACAAAGAGUGGCGAUUUGGCCGAAUCUGAUCUGGCUUUUUUCAUGAAACAGGCGGCGUGCCUCAACGUCCUGCCAGAUUUCUACUUUGCAGAGACCAAAGACCUGUGUCCUGACGAGAAGGAGGCUGCUGCCUCAAAAGAAACGACACAAGAGCAGUAGAAGUUGCCGUUACGUGAACUCUCAACUCCACCCGCAGAGGAUUGUGUUUUAAAGCUGCAGUAGGCGGGAUGAAUGUUGUAUGAUGUAUAUAAAUGAAUAGACAUGUUUCA